AUGAGGUUGUCAGGAGUUCAUCCAAAUGUCGUAAUCCUCACAACAAUCAUCAGUGGAUGGUGUAGCAUGGGAAAAAUGGAGUAUACUCUAAGAACGUACGAGAAAAUGUCUGAGAUAGAUAUAUCCUCGAAUUUGAAGACCUUUGAAACUCUAAUAUGGGGAUAUGGGGGAAGCAAAACAUCCAUGGAAUGCCAAGGAGUUCCUCCAAAUUAUGGAAGAGAAGGGUGUCAUCCUCAGAAGAAAACUAUUCUGCUUGUGGCCGAUGUAUGGCGAAGCAUUGGUUUUCUAAGUGAAUCUGAGAGAAUCUGGAAUUGUACUGCAGAAGAUCAGAUAGUUGCAUCGAAUGUUAAUACGGAUAAGACACAUGUGGGCUUAUUGGGCUUAUUAAGUGGUUCUCUUUAA